CACACGAUUCAUCAGAACCAUCCAGAAAGUAGGGUUUUCUUCUAGCUGCACAGAACCGUGAUCACUCACGGUUAUGUUGAUGAUGUAGUAGAGCACGAUUGCGUUCUCGGCUGAUUUAAUGUGGUGAUCAGUGAAAUGGUAGAGUAGGGGUCGGGGGAGAGUGCCCUCGCGGCUUGUCGAGACGUCAGUCGCAUGUAGAGUGAGGAAAGAAUACCUUUGUUCAGUCGUGCUCAGUGUCUGUUCGAUUGUGCUUACAUUACAGAUGCGUAGUGAGCCUGACGUUUGUACACUCCGGUGAAGCUGGCAACGAGCGAGUGAGUUGAGAGUCGGUGAUCUCUUCUUGGGAAAUUUUGGGGCAUUCCAGAGUAGUGAGAUAUUUCCAAGUAAAGGAGUGAUUUCUGGGGUUGGGAAGAAUUGGAGAGGACAGUGGGAGCGGGCAUUCGAGAUGGCGGUGGUUGCUUGCAAGCCACUGAUCUGGUGCGCGCUUUUCUUGAUUGUACUGUGCAAUUACAAUGCGCUCGCGGCGCCCGUAAUGAGCAUAGACUUGGGAUCGGAGUGGAUGAAAGUGGCGGUGGUGAAUCUGAAGCCCGGACUACCUCCGAUUUCGAUAGUUCCCAACGAGAUGUCGAAGCGAAAGUCUCCGGCACUUGUGGCGUUCUCGAAGGGCGAUCGGCUGGUGUCCGAAGAAGCGUCGGGAAUUCUGGCGCGGUACCCAGAGAGAGUGUUUGCGAGUCUGCGGGAUAUGGUUGGGAAGCCGUUUAGUGCGGUGAAAGAGCUGCUGAAGUCUCAGCAUCUGCCUUAUGACGUGGUGGAAGACGCAAACGGGCGUGCGAGGAUUCGGCUUGGAGAAGACUCAGGGGCUGCUUUGUACAGCGUGGAGGAGCUGAUUGCCAACCUUUUGAAUUACGCACGUGUUCUUGCAGAAGCUCAUACGAAGGAGCCUGUCAAGGACACGGUGAUCAGCGUUCCGCCGUUUUUUGGGCAGGCAGAGCGGAAGGGUGUACUUGACGCUGCGGAGAUCGCCUCUCUAAACGUGCUGUCCCUGGUCAACGAACCCGCUGGUGCUUCUUUGCAGUAUGGAAUCGACAAGGAUUUCUCCGUCGAAGAUCGUCACGUGGUGUUUUAUGACAUGGGCGCGUCAAAUACGCACGCAGCGCUUGUGCACUUCACUGCAUAUACGGCAAAGAGCCCGGGUGGAGGAAAGAACUUGACAGCCCAGCAGUUCCAUGUGAAAGGAAUAAGCUGGGAUGCAUCCCUUGGUGGACAGAAUAUGGAGACACGGUUGGUGGAUCACUUUGCUGCAGAGUUCAAAGAGAAGAGUGGGAUAGACGUUUUUAAUCACCCGAAGGGCAUGGCAAAGCUGAAGAAGCAGGUCAAGCGAACAAAGGAAAUUUUGAGCGCAAAUUCGGAAGCAUCGAUAUCUGUGGAAUCGUUAGUGGAUGACCAUGAUUUUCGGAGCUUUAUUACGAGGAAGAAAUUUGAGGAGCUUUGCAAAGACUUGUGGGGGCGAGCGGUACUCCCGUUAAAAAAAGUCCUGGCUGACAACGGGCUGAAGCUCCAGCAAUUACACUCCGUGGAACUUCUUGGUGGUGCGACUCGAGUUCCAAUGCUGAAGGAAGUUUUAACUGGUUAUGUCGGUGCCCAAGCACUUGCCAGGCAUCUAGACUCUGACGAAGCAGUCGUACUGGGGGCUUCACUACGGGCGGCAAACUUGAGUGAUGGUAUCAAACUGAAUAGGAAACUCGGCAUGGUGGAUGGUGCAUCUUAUGGCAUAGAGAUGAAAUUGGAUGGUGCCAUCUUGGAGUCCAAGGAUCAGAGUCUCCUUGUACCGCUUCACAAGAACCUGCCCAGUAAGAUGGGAAGGACACUUAAGAACCAGUUGAAGGAUUUCAAAGUGACAUUGUCUUAUGAGAAAGACGGGCCCUUGCCGCCUUCAAUUUCUUCCCCUGAUAUCGCCGUUUAUGAAGUGAAAGGCGUUGCCGAAGCUGUUGAGAAGUACAAGAAUCACAAUCAGUCUGCUCCCAUGAAGACUGUGAUGCACUUUUCUCUAGACCGUAAUGGAGUUGUGAAUCUGGACCGUGCGGAGCAGGUCGUGGAAGUGUCUGAGUGGGUUGAUGUGGUGGAUCCGGUGAGUAACAUUACUGCGUUGCUUGCCAACCUUACAGCAAAUGGGUCGGUGUUGGACAUGAAUGGAACGGGAUCAGAUUUCAACCUGACGAAGCUGCUGAAUGAGAACGGAAAUGGGACUGAUUCAACAGGUCCGAAGCAGAAGCUGCGGAAGAGGAUUCUGAGAGUGCCACUGAAGCUUACAGAUGUGACGGAAGGGCCUGCGAGGUCAUUGUCAAGCAAAGACAUCACGAAUGCCAUCCAACGCUUAGAGAAGACAAAUGCUGCGGACGCACAGAAGAGAGCAAUGGAGGCAGCAAAGAACAACCUGGAGUCGUAUAUUUACUCCGCAAAGGAUCAGCUGGAAACCCUGAUCGAGUCUGAUAAGGAGUCAUCUCAAUCAGAGCGCGAUUCUUUUAUGGAGAAGCUUGCUGAGGCGCAAGACUGGUUAUACCUGGACGGUGAAGACGCUGGAGUGUCCGAAUUCCAAACGCGCUUGGAUGCACUGAAAUCUUUAUGGAAUUCGAUGUUCAAAAGAGCUGAACCUGUCAAAGAAGAGUCAGAAGGAAAGGGAGAUAUACCGUCUGACAUUGUGAAUUCAGGCGAAGAGGUGACGAAGAAAGGAGAGCGGGCCCCACGUGCGGAAACAGAUCCUUCUAGCGCUGGUCACGAUGAGUUGUGACCUAUUUAUGGUCAGAUAUGUAAGUAGGUGAGAGGGUGGCGGCGUAUGAGAAGUAGAAUGCAAUGGAGGUGGGACCCUGUAUGUUAAUUGCAUUGAGGGAUCGAUUGGAUUAGAGGAAUUCAGAAUGACUGAAGAGUGACAGAUCUUAGAUUGGUAGGAAUUCUGAUAGGCAACAAACUUGCAGACUUAUGUGACUUUUUAUUCUUGGGACCAAUUUGUACUGAUUUUUACAUUUCGGUGCUUAUCAACCUGGAAUCCAUAUUCCAAUAACAUGAGAAUGCAUCUAUUAUCCUCA